AUGGGAGGCAGCAUCGUCCUGCUGGAGUCGCCUCUGGGCCCGCGCUCCUUCGGCCGGGUGUGGAUGAAGGACACCGCGGGCGUGGAGUCCGAAGGCCUCAGCGGCGGCGUCUCUGUGAGCGCCCCAGGCUUCGGAGUGGCCGGAAGCGCCCGGGAGAUCCAAGCGAUCAGGGAGGUGAAGCGCGUGGCGCCGGCGCUGGUGCACCAGCUCCUGGGGAACUUGCCGCCCGCUGGCGUGGACGGCUCGGCGGGCCACCUGGAGUGCCUCCAGUCCCUGAACCCCUCACAGGCCAAGGCUGUGGGCCGCGCCCUGGGCUGCAGCGGCGGCUUCGUGAGCAUCCACGGGCCUCCGGGCACGGGCAAGAGCCAGACGCUGCUGCAGCUGAUCAACGCCCUGCACCUGCAGCGGAUGCAGCAGUACCACCAGGGCAUCGAGGACAUCGCCCUGGGCGUGCGCGGCACCGGGGCCGCCGCCGCGGUUUCGAGGCGAGAGCAGUGGCUGCGUGCCGUGGCCCAUGCUCCGCGGCUGCUGGUCUGCGCCCACAGCAACAACGCAGUCCGACAGCUGCAGGAGAGGCUCGAGAAGGAUGGCUUCGGUGACCAGAGCGGCGGUCGCUACGUGCCGUGGAGCGUCCGCGUCAGCGCGGAGGGCGCGUCGUCGGGCUCGGGUUCGCCGGACCUCGACAAGGAGGUGUCGCAGCUUCUGCAGCUGUCCCGCGAGGAGGUCGGCAAGCAGUGCCAGGAGGUCCAAGAGGAGAUGGACCAGCUAGCGAUGCAGCUCAAGCGGCUACUGUACGAGAUCGAGCAGCUGCAGCAGACGUGCCCACUGCCCGAGAACUUCCAAGCGAUCCUGAACCAGCGUGGAAAGAUCCUGUUCUACCACGUGCCAAGCGGCACCUACCACCAUGAAAGGCCUGCUCUGAGACUUGGGGAGCAGCAAGUUCUCCCUCUUCAGCUGCCCCAUGUGGUUGGGCGAAUGCAGGAGCUGGUGUCAUUGUCGGACAGGUGGUGGUUCCUCGACAAUUUGCGGAAGCGCUUCUGCCUCCUGCAGGACCCUCCGGAGAAUUGGCACCAGCUGCGUCGGCGCCUGGAGGCGGUGGUGCUGGACGCAGCGCAGCUGGUCUUCGCCACUGCCAGCAGCGCCGCGCGGGUCCGCGCCUACGUCUCCGAUGCCAUGAUCCGCUCCUUCGACCGCGUCGUCAUCGACGAGGCGGGCCAAGCCACCGAGCCCGCGUGCUUGGUGCCCAUGGGCGCGGGCGGCCGGACCUGUGUCCUAGUUGGCGAUCACCUUCAGCUACCGCCCACCGUCUUCACGCCCAACGCGGAAGAGCUGCUGAUGAGCCGCUCCCUCUUUGAGCGGCUCUGCGUGAUCGGUCAUGAGCCCGAGCUCCUGCAGGAGCAGUACCGCAUGGUGCCAGCCAUCUCGGCCUUCCCGCGGCAGCAUUUCUACCAAGGGCGGCUCCGGGACGCGGAACUCUGCCUGCCGCAGCGCUGCGCGCUGAUCCCGGCCUUUCUGUUUCUGGACCUCGAGUCGUCGGCCGCCCAACUGGCAGACGGGUCCUGGUACAACCUGGAGGAGGCCAAGUUCUGCGCCCAGCUGGCGGCGAAUCUGCAGGCCUCCGCGCUGCUGGCGGGAAGAGAAGGCCUGGCCAGGAGCGUGGGCAUCAUCACGCCAUACAAAGCGCAGAAGGAGAUGAUGCAGGGCCAGCUGCGGAGUGCCUCCGUCAAGUUUCCGGUCACGGUGGCCACGGUGGAUGGCUACCAAGGCCGCGAGAUGGAGGCGGUGAUCUGCUCCACCGUGCGCGCCUCGCACAAGUCCUCCAGCAUCGGUUUCGUGGCAGAUGACCGGCGGCUGAACGUGGCGCUGACGCGGGCGCGGCAGGUGCUGCUGGUGGUAGGCCACGCGAGGACCUUGGCGUCGUCGCGGACGCCGGCGGCGCUGAUCCAACACGCCAAGCGCCAGGACGCCUUCAGGAGCGUCAAGCUGGGCGAAGACGUGCUGAUCUCAUAG